UAUAAGAGAGGGAUAUGCCCCAGGGAGAGGAGGGAGAGAGGCAGCUGAGAGCUGAUAGGAGGAGAACGCAGGACGGGUGAAAACUUUACCAUCUGCAGCCGGAUGGUUUGUAAAGUAUGAGAGCAUUUGUUCGCUCUCCUGUUUAUUUCUAUUAAAACAAAUGUCGGAGAGUUGAAGAAGCUGCAGUAAGCAAAAGGAAAAGAGAGGUGGGCCGACGUGAUAACCCCGAGGCCGGUGGGAGAGAAAGAAUUAAUCAAAAUGGAGAGAGAGAAACAGAGUGAGAACAGCUUACAGACCAUAGCCAUCAUUCUGCUGUGCUGUGGGGCCGUUAAAAUGCUGCACCUACUGGGAGUCAUCUCGGUGGAGGAUAAAGAUGAUGAUGACCUGGAGAUGACCAUGGUGUGUCACCGACCAGAGGGCCUGGACCAGUUAGAAGCUCUAACAAACUUCAGCAAACGAGAGCUCCAAGUGCUCUACAGAGGUUUUAAGAACGAAUGUCCAAGUGGUGUUGUAAAUGAAGAAACCUUUAAGCAAAUAUAUUCCCAAUUCUUCCCACAGGGAGAUGCCAGCACUUAUGCUCACUACCUUUUCAAUGCAUUUGACACAACCCAGAGUGGCUCCAUCAAGUUUGAGGACUUUGUAACAGCGCUGUCCACUCUGCUGAGAGGCUCCAUCACUGAGAAGCUCCAGUGGACAUUUAACCUCUAUGACAUCAACAGAGACGGAUACAUCAACAAAGAAGAGAUGACAGGCAUCGUCAGAGCAAUAUAUGACAUGAUGGGCAAAUACACUUACCCCGCCUUAAAAACAGACGCACCAAAACAACAUGUUGAUGCCUUCUUUCAGAAAAUGGACAAAAACAGAGAUGGUGUGGUCACUCUGGAUGAAUUCAUCCUGUCUUGUCAAGAGGAUGAAAACAUCAUGAGGUCUCUACAACUCUUUGAAAAUGUCAUCUAGACCAGACGGAAGAAGGCGGCACUGAAACAGCUGAAACAGAUGAAACACCCAAACUGAGUGAGACCAAAAGAGGAGAGAAGGCAGAACACAGAAAAAGGAAAAUAACCAAGCAGAAGAAAAGGAUGUUUUGUAAUUGAAAUAAAAUAGAGCCUGUCACGUCACAUGCACUGGCUGCCACAAAACCUCAUUAAGUCUUGCUGUGAAAAUCAGGGUUGAAAAACCGCCGGUGGUUUUGGAUAAAUGUCCUUCCGAACCUAGCCCUUUGAUUUGACCUUUCUGUAAACAAAAAAAAUUGUCUCCAGCUCUCAUGUUUGUAGCCGAAGCAGUGAGAGCAGUAACACGCCCAACAAUCAUCACUGUAAAUACUUUCAAUUCCCAUCAAACCGGACUGGAUUUCCAGCCAAGCAGUGGGAUUCACCCCAGUGCAAUUCUUUUUGCAUUAGAGGCUGAAAAUGAUGUUGUUUUCUGUGUCAAUACAACAAAUGUGAGCAAUAUUGUGAAGCAUGCAAGACCGAGGCCCACAGCAUAUUUAACACCCAGUGAAUAUGUGCCAUAAAAACCCCUCAUUGUCUUGUUUUGGAGGUUAUGUCUGGGAUUGCUCUCUCGCAGCGUCACCUCAUCUGUUUUACACACAGUACAGGCGCAGUCGGUGCAACGUCCGCCAGCUUCCCACCGUCUCACGUCGGCUCGUAAAAGGUCCCCACUGUGUGUUCCAGUGGUGUCAGUCAGUGUUUUAGUGUUGUAAAGACUCAUGUGUACAGAUUAAUAUUUAACUGUCGUACCUGUGAUUUAUUUCUUCUCACUGUCUGGAACUAUUUGUGUAUCUGUUUGUCUGUGUGCUGGUGCUUCUGACUGUCUUAUCUAUCUGUCUUUCUGUCUAAUUGGAUGUAACCCUAAUUAUUCUCACUGGAAUUUUGCUGAAUAAAGAGACAAAUUGGAAGGUUUGCUGGCUUAUAACUACAGGGGUGUGCAUGCAUUUAAAUGUCUCUGUGUGUGGUUUCCUAAUUUAAUUCUUAAUCUGAAAUCUAUUUAUUUGACCAUAAUUGUUUUCACCUCACUCUAAGCCUGGGUGAUUUGAUCAUGUUUCUGCCGCAGAGAAGAAAGUUUUCUGUUCAAUCAUGUCUGAUGAAAAUACAGCUCAAAUCAACCUUUCACUGUGAGGGUCAGAGACAGAAGGCAGGCGGUGGAGAACUGGAGUGAAAACAAGUGAGUCAGAAAUUAAAGAAUUAAAAGAAAAAGAGUUGAUAAUCAUAAAAAGACCUUUUCACUGAUUCUGAAGGAAUGGAAGCCAUGUUUGGGAAGAGAGCCAUUGUUUAACAGUUGGAGCAGGUCACAAACACCUUUAUCAGUGAUUUUGUGUCAAUGAUGUUGUCAUGCGUGUCCACUCACUGUGCUGCCAGACGUGAAAUAAAAUUCCUCUCUGGGAUCAAAUGCGUUGCAAAUAUAUAUAAUAUAACCUGCUGAAGAGAUAAACUGACGGACAGGAAGACAAACAGAUAGACAGGCACGUGAACACAUACAGAGACAUGAAGACGACUGUCAGAAUGAAACCAUGUGUGUAUAGAAAAUAUUGUAAAAAGAUUUCAUUAUAUUUAUCAAUAAACUUUUCAACAAAAAUCCA